AUGGCGGCUCCCCUGGGCGGCAUGUUCACCGGGCAACCCCCCCCCCACCCACCCACCCCCCCCCCCCCCCCCGGUCCCCCGCCGCCGCCGCCGCCAGGCCUCCCGGGCCAGGCCUCGCUCCUGCAAGCGGCGCCUGGAGCUUCCAGAUCAUCGAAUAGUACGUUGGUGGACGAGCUGGAGUCGUCCUUCGAGGCUUGCUUCGCUUCUCUUGUGAGUCAGGAUUAUGUGAACGGCACUGAUCAGGAAGAAAUUCGAACUGGUGUUGAUCAAUGUAUCCAGAAGUUUCUGGAUGUUGCAAGACAGACAGAGUGCUUUUUUCUACAAAAAAGAUUGCAGUUGUCUGUUCAGAAACCAGAGCAGGUUAUCAAAGAGGAUGUAUCAGAACUAAGGAAUGAAUUGCAACGGAAAGACGCUCUGGUCCAGAAGCACUUGACAAAGCUGAGGCACUGGCAGCAGGUGCUGGAGGACAUCAAUGCACAGCACAAAAAGCCAGCCGAAGUCCCUCAAGGCUCCUUGGCCUACCUCGAGCGGGCAUCUGCCAACAUUCCUGCACCUAUGAAGCAGACCUGAGUGCCCUGGCCAGCGCGGAUUCCUGUCCAGACAGCUGAUCACGCUUCCUUCCGUAUGGCAUUUUGGAAGAACUCUGUUGAAGAAUGAUAGGCUGGGUGUGGUGGCACAUGCCUUUAAUCUCAGCACCUAGGAGAUAGAGGUAGGAGGAUUUCUGUGAGUUCGAAGCCUCCCUGAGACUACAUAGUGAAUUCCACGUCAGCCUGAGCUAGGGUGAGAUCCUACUUCAGUUAAAAAAAAAAAGAAUAAUUUAAUGCUAAUUUUA